GCUACCCGACGUGCUCCACCUGCAACAACUCAUAACUCGCUGAUGAGGCAUGACUUGAGGGGUGGGUGCUGCCGUCGGGAGGACGCAAUCAAGGCAGAGGAUAUGCAGACCUGUCCUUCUUCUUCUCCUCCUCCUCCUCCUACUUGCCAUGAUGCCCCACCCUCAAUGCCGCUUCAACAGCCCAGCGUAGCCUCACCUCUCCUCACCUAG